AUGGCAGCCGUAGAUACAUACCCUGACAGGGAAUUCAGGUUUCUGAAGUAUCUUGACGAUGCCGAUCAACACCAGGACUCGAUAACCGUCAAGCGUUCCGCCUAUUGGUGCUACUGCGGUCCGCUCCUUGAGCCUUCGAAGUCAUCAUUACCGGACAACUUGAAUGACUUUGAGAGCCAAGUCUUUACUGGCUCUAUUCGCUCGAGACUUGAUCCUUUUCUGAACUAUAUCAAGAAUGUUCUCCUGGACAAGGGGUCUAAGCAUUAUUUCCUCACUAUACGCGCCACGACGCCGACACGCGAAUUUGAUCAGCCGAGAUGGCAUACCGAUGAACUCUUCUUCACCACAGACAUACUCCCCGGCACACGUCUAGGUCUCAAAUCGCAACACCAAAAACAUCAUCAACCCACCGGAACGGACUUCAAGAUCUGCACUACGCUUCUCGGCCCCUCAACGCUCUUCAUACCCGGCUCCCAUCAACUUCACGCACGCAAAGCCCAAGAGUCCGCUCGUGACGCUGCAAGCACAGAACAUGAGUGUGUGUCAAUCCGCUGUGUUGGCUGUGCAGCUGCAGCAGAUGCUGUGCGCGAUGAACUAGCUACUGUGCUAGAACCUUUUGGUGCAGAAGCAGCAGAGAUAGGUGAAUUCUCUGUGUUUAAGGUUGGUAGAGAGUAUGGAGCUAUGCAUUCUGAACCUUGUAUGAGCGAGGGAGAUGGUGGAAGGGUUUUCAUUAAUGUUGUGCCAGGGACGGAGGAUGAGUUGAGAGUGCUGAUGAGGAAAUGGGGCAUGGAAUUCCCUAGACAGUGGUGGGUUGGAGGGAGAUGA